GUCAUGAGCGGGAUUCAGCGGCGUCACUGUCGUGCGCGCGCCUGCAGCUGUGCGCGUGCUGUGAACGCUGGAAUAUCGCCGUGAGUUUAUCACGCUCUAAAUCGCCUAACAUACGAAUCAUAUCCGCAGAAGCUGCAUGUGAAUUAGAAACGGGUUCGGAGCGGAGUCGCCGCGCUCGGUUUCACUCGGAGGAUUCAUCGAGCUGUUCGCGAUUCUUGAGACAGAUGAAAGUCUUCUGUGAGCAAAUCUGCCGCUUCGAGGGAGCCGAUGCAGUAAAUGGAUAUAUUGAUGGGAGAGCGUCUGUAAACGGUUUUCUCAUUCUGCUUUAUUUGCACCAGACUGCAGCUCCUCAGAGACCGACCAAACUCACAGUGACUGUGCUUCCCUCACCCUCUGAUUGAUCCGUCAUGAGCGCGCAGAGUGCCUGCGCGCCGGAGGAGGGCGCUAUACGCAUCAAUGUGGGAGGCUUCCGGCGGCGGCUGCUGUCCAAGCGACUCUCUCGCUUCCCCGAGACCAGACUCGCACGCCUGCUGAGGUGUCGGUCCAAAGAGUCCAUCCUCGAACUGUGCGACGACUACGACGACUCUGAAAACGAGUUCUACUUCGACCGCAAUCCGGCGCUCUUCCCUUAUGUGUUACACUUCUACAACACGGGGAGGCUACACGUCAUGGAUGAGCUCUGCAUCUUUUCCUUCAGUCAGGAGAUCGAGUACUGGGGCAUCGACGAGCUGUUCCUCGACUCGUGCUGCAGCGGCUCCUAUCACUGCCGCAUGAUGGAGCCCGAGGAGACGGACUGGGAUGACCAGAGCGAGGAGAGGAGCACCACUUCAUCUUUUGAUGAGAUCCUGGAGUUCUACAACGAUGCUGGAAAAUUUGACAAGCAGCUGCUCGGAAGCAUCCGGAGGAGAAUCUGGUUGAUGCUGGACAAUCCUGGCUAUUCGAUCCCCAGCCGGCUCAUCAGUAUCUUCUCCAUUCUGGUGGUGUUGGGCUCCAUCACCACCAUGUGCAUGAACAGCAUGAGCGAGUUCACGCUGCUGGACGCUGAAGGCAGGCCCCGCGAGGACCCUCGCUUCGAGGCUGUGGAGCAUUUCGGAAUUGGGUGGUUCACGUUUGAGCUGCUCUCCAGAUUCGCUGUGGCACCGGACCUCCUGCAUUUCUUCGAACACCCGCUGAAUCUGAUCGACCUGGUUUCCAUCUUGCCUUUUUAUCUGACCCUGGUCAUUAACCUGGUGGCGGAGAGCAGCCCGGCGCUGGCGAACCUGGGUCGAGUUGCUCAGGUGCUGAGGCUGAUGAGGAUCUUCCGCAUCCUGAAGCUGGCGCGUCACUCCACAGGCCUGCGCUCGCUCGGAGCCACGCUCAAGAACAGCUACAAAGAGAUCGGCCUGUUGCUGCUGUAUUUGGCCGUCGGAGUGUCCUUCUUCUCCGUCAUGGCCUACACCGUCGAGAAAGAGGACAACGAGGGAUUGAACACCAUCCCAGCCGGCUGGUGGUGGGCGACGGUCAGCAUGACCACCGUGGGAUACGGCGACGUGGUUCCCGGCUCCGUCGUGGGCAAGUUGACGGCCUCUGCCUGCAUACUCGCGGGAAUAUUGGUUGUCGUCCUUCCCAUCACUUUGAUAUUUAAUAAAUUUUCUCUGUUUUACAAGAGACAGAAACACGACGGGGGAAUAAAGGAGGCUCCGUCUGAGCCUCCCCUCUCCUCUCCCUCUCCGCCUCUCCCUCUCCUAUCCUCCUCUAUCUCUCCAGCUAGCAUCUCUCCCUCUCGAGACUUGGCUCCUCCUCUAAUCGCUCCUCUCCGCUCUCCUCCCUCUCCUCUUCCUCUCCUCUCUCCUCCUCUCCCUCUCCGCUCCUCCCCAUCUCUGUUCGGUCUUAUCCUCCUCUCCUCACCUCUCCUCUUUCUCCGCGCCGCAUCCUCUCCUCUAAUCUCGCCCUCUCCUCGCUCUUCUCUCCAGUCGCCAUCUCCGAAGAUCCUCCUCUCCGCUCCUCUCCUCAUCGCUCUUCCGCUCUCCUCUCCUCCCCCCCUCUCCCCUCUCCUCUCCUCCUCUAGAUCGCCUCCCCAUAAUCCCCUCCUCCUCGCCUCCCCCUCGUCCUCUCCUCCUCUCUCCCCUCCGCUUCCUCUCCUCUACCCUCUUCCUCUUCCUCUCCUCUUUGGACUAGCCAUCCGCACACCGAAGAAGGUCUCAAGUCCAGAUGUGUUCUCCUCUGAGGCUCCUGGAUGUGUCGAUGGGCGCUGUGCAUCCCCUCUCCUUCCCUCUUUUGCGCAUUUGCCGCUAGUUAAGCGACGCCCCGCAGAUUCAUCUGCCUCUCCCCCCACUCUCGAAGAGAAAUCUCCGUGGUCGCUGUUUCGGAUCCUUCGACUAUCCUCUUCUCCUUCAUCUUUCCGUCUUCCUCCUUCUCUUCUUCGUCUCUCCUCUUUGCAAGAUCCCCUCUCCCCCUCGGCUCGGCUCUUCUCGCGAGGAUCUCCUCUCCUCCCUCCUCUAAUCCUCUCCGCUCCUCUCCAUCCUCUGUAA